AUGUCGUCUAUGGUAUUCUGUAUGCUGCCUACGAAAUAUUUGUAUGCCAUCUACGAGUAUCGUCACCCCGGGUCACCUCCGACACCUCGGUCACCUGGUCACCCGGUCACCCGGUCACCUUCGACACCUCGAACACCUCGUCACCCGGUCACCCUCGACACCUCGAACACCUCGGGUGACUCUAUAAAAGGAAGGUGA